AUGACAACUACAACAGAUAUGAAUUCGAUAGGAUUUCAUUCAUCAUCACGAAUGAAUGAUGAAACUAAUAAUUCAUUUUUAUUAAAUCAAAGUCUUGAUCGAAUGGAUGUUGAUGAUAAUACUCAUGAUAUAAUAACACCUUCAUCAAUAACAAUGAAUGGACAUACAUCAUCAAUUGAAAAUGGUAUUAAUAACAACGAAAAGAAAAAAGAUAUUUUUCAUCAAGGAAAUCCAAUAUUAAAUAAAUCAUUUGAUGUUAUACCACAAAUUAUAGAUGAUAAUACUUCUUUAGAUGAUCAUGGAAAAAAUAAUAAUGUACUCGAUACAACUGUUGAAUUACCUAAUAAUAAUGAAUCAUUGGAUGAAAAACCAUCUCAUGACUUAAAUAUUUUGAAACCUGUAAAUAAUAUUGAAACAACAACGAAUAUUCCAUCAUAUUUACCAACUCAAUUUUCUCUUGAAUAUCCAUAUGAAUUACCACAACAGGAAGAAAAUAUUCAAUCAUCACCAAAUUCUGUUGAUACAAUCGCAGGAUUAGCAAAAAAUAUUAAAUUAAAUGGAAAUAAAAUCAUAGAUGGACAAGAACCUUCAACAUCUCCAUUAACUAAUGAAAAAGCAUUCGAUACAAAUACAUUUAUUCUUAAAAAGAAAGGACGAAAAAUGCCAACACCACCAACUAAUGAAAAUAGUUUUAAUGCAAUUAUUGAUGAUAAUUCAUUAGAAACGAUUCAUAAACAAUCGCCAUUUAGUACACCAUCUGUAUCAAUCGAUGGUACUGUAGCACCUCGAUCUAUGCAAUCGACUUUACAACAAUCUUCUCUUGAUCCUACACGAAUUAUUGAAUGUGUUGAACAAUAUUAUCGAAUACUUUUUCGUGUUUGUGAAUGUACAGAAGAAUUAAAACAAGAAUUACGACAUGUUAAAGGUGAACGUGAUCAAAUGAGUGAAGAUUUAAUAAAUGCUGAAAAUGCAUUUACAGAUGUUAAAAAACGAAAUGAAAAACUUAAAAUGAUUAUUAAUGAACAUAAAACAAAUACUGAAACAUUAAAACGUUUUUCUGAAGAAUCUGUACGUUAUACAGAAGAACAAAAACAAAAAUAUGCUGUUCUUAAACAACAUGCACAAGAAAAACUGAAUGAAGCAAAUGGUGAAAUUGAACGUUUACGACGAGUACAAGGUUCAGAUAUGGAAGGUGUUCAAACACAAUUACGUUAUACACAAUUACGUGUUCAAUCCCUUGAACAAGAAUUAAAAUCUGUUAAACAAGAAUUAGAACAAAAGAAAAAAGAAAAUAGUGAAUUAACCAAUAUCUGUGAUGAAUUAUUAGCUACUAAUAAGAAAUAA